GGCGGGGCCGGCGGACUCUCGGCGUCCAGCGCGGCGGGCAAGCCGGGCAGCAUGUCGGCGACCCGCGCCUCCAACGACCGGCCGCCCGGCGCGGGCGGCGUCAAGCGGGGGCGGCUGCAGCAGGAGGCGGCGGCGACCGGCUCCCGGGUGACCGUGGUGCUGGGCGCGCAGUGGGGGGACGAGGGCAAAGGCAAGGUGGUGGACCUGCUGGCCACGGACGCCGACAUCAUCAGCCGCUGCCAGGGGGGCAACAACGCGGGCCACACCGUGGUGGUGGACGGCAAGGAGUACGACUUCCAUCUGCUGCCCAGCGGCAUCAUCAACACCAAGGCCGUGUCCUUCAUCGGCAACGGGGUGGUUGUCCACUUGCCGGGCUUGUUUGAAGAAGCAGAAAAGAACGAGAAGAAAGGCCUCAAGGACUGGGAGAAGAGGCUGGUCAUCUCGGACCGCGCCCACCUCGUGUUCGAUUUCCACCAGGCGGUCGACGGGCUCCAGGAGGUGCAGCGGCAGGCCCAGGAGGGGAAGAACAUCGGCACGACCCGGAAGGGGAUCGGACCCGCCUACUCGUCCAAGGCGGCCCGCACGGGCCUGCGCAUCUGCGACCUGCUGUCUGACUUCGACGAGUUCUCCUCCAGGUUCAAGAACCUGGCCCACCAGCACCAGUCCAUGUUCCCCACGUUGGAAAUAGACGUUGAGGGUCAACUCCGAAAACUCAAGGGCUUCGCCGAGCGCAUCCGGCCCAUGGUCCGAGACGGCGUCUACUUCAUGUACGAGGCGCUCCACGGCCCCCCCAAGAAAAUCCUCGUGGAAGGUGCCAACGCAGCCCUCCUGGACAUCGACUUCGGGACCUACCCCUUUGUGACGUCAUCCAACUGCACGGUGGGCGGCGUGUGCACGGGGCUGGGCAUCCCCCCGCAGAACAUCGGCGACGUUUACGGCGUGGUCAAGGCCUACACCACACGCGUGGGCAUCGGCGCCUUCCCCACCGAGCAGAUCAACGAAAUCGGCGACCUGCUUCAGAACCGCGGCCACGAGUGGGGGGUGACCACGGGCAGGAAGAGGCGCUGCGGCUGGUUGGACCUGAUGAUCCUGCGAUACGCUCACAUGGUCAACGGGUUCACCGCGCUGGCCUUAACGAAGCUGGACAUCCUGGACGCCCUGGACGAGAUCAAAGUCGGUGUCUCCUACAAGCUGAACGGGAAAAGGAUCCCCUAUUUCCCAGCUAACCAGGAGAUCCUGCAGAAGGUCGAGGUGGAGUACGAGACGAUGCCUGGGUGGAAAUCAGACACCACGGGCGCCAGGAAGUGGGAGGACCUGCCCCCACAGGCCCAGAGCUACGUUCGGUUUGUGGAGAACCACGUCGGAGUGGCAGUGAAGUGGGUUGGUGUCGGCAAAUCAAGGGAUUCGAUCAUCCAGCUGUUCUAGACGGUGAUCGCGCGGCCCCAGGGGGCGCGCCCGCCCACGUCCUGGGCGGCAGAGCAGGCGCGUGAGACCGGGGCAGGGAGCUGCUCCCCCGCGUGGGCGUCGGCUGCGAGCCCUGGCUCAGCCCGCGGACCCUGCGGCUGCGCGGAAGCCCGGAAGCCGGUGCGGCGCACGGCCGCACGCCCCUGCCGCUCGGAGCGAGCCCCGCGCUGGAGGCACGGACUCUGGCGGCACGUUCGUGCCACGUGGCUGUGUGUCUGGCCAGAGCAGUUUAGCAAUAAACAUCCAAGGGCCAUUGAA